AUGCAGUGCACCAUAAUAGCUCUGAUUGCGAUCUGUUGCCUGGGCACAGGACUCUCGGCGACCACAACAGCGCCCAUAGCAGCCAGGCCCGCAGCUCCCGCUAGAAAUUUCUAUCUGGAUCUUAAGAGCUUAUUGCGCAAUAUUCCACAUAAACAGAUCGAGCAUCUGGUCCAGGCCUAUCUGCUCAACGAUGCCGAGUUCCAGGCAGUUAUACGGGAGAUCAAUGCAUUAACCACGUAUCGCCUGCGAUUACAGCUGCUCAAUCAGACGGAGUUGCGCCAACUGCUGCAGUGGUUGUCCCAGCAGCUGAUACUGUCAGGUGGCUCCCUGAAGGUAUUUGACGAUCUGGACCUGGAGAUCAAGGUGUUUAACAAGUACCCCCAUUGGGCGCAGACGGUGAAUGGCAUAGCCGGUUUCGAGCAGGAAUUCAACUAUAUCUAUCCGUUGGCCUCAAUACGCAAGCUGCUGGAGACCAAUGCCCAGCAAAGUCCCGUCUUCGGUGAGUUCUGGCGUCGUGUUGUUGCCCUGGAGCCGGCCUAUGACCGAUUCUGGGCCACACCACAAGCCACAACAUUUGUCAACCGAUUGCGCACUUUGGGCGUUGAUGUCAAUGGCUUGGAUUACUUUGUGCGCUAUCAGCUAGGCUGGCGCAAUGACACCUCACCCAGUUACUACGACUAUGACUACAAUUAUGGAUUUUAUUGAAGUGGCAGGGAAUGAGUAAGGGGAGCAAGUGAUCAAGUAAUAAGAAAGUUAUGCUAUAUAAUUAUAUAAAUAACUCGAUAUAAAAUAUAUAUUACUAAAUAUCAAUCUAAACCUAAGACAAUAUUCAAUGUGUGUAUGAAAAUUGUAGAGGUUUGCCUUUGACGGUGCUCAGUUUUUUUUUAUCAAUAUGUAUUUAUAACUUAGCUGGAAGCUUCAGCGAGUUCAGUUCUUUUAGAUGCCUUUCCUAAAACGGUUUCUAAAUGUUUUCGUAUCAUAUUGCUCCUAGCUGAAAAAUCGGCCGGAAUUUCAAAUUGUUGUUUACAUAUAUGUAUA